UGUGUGUGAGAGCCGUACAAGCUACCGUUCGACACCUGACUCGAAGUGUCUUCUGCGAUCUCGCUGCUCGUUCUGAAAGAUUUCGAUAAUGCAGACUCCGCCGGAGACGAUUGUGGCGAAGGAGUCCACGGAGCCAAAGACGAAACCUGUCGAAACACCAGUCGUCGAAGCCAAGAAGGAGGAGACGAUCCCGAGACAAGAUGAGCCUCCAAAAGAUGCACCUAAAGAUUCGCACCGGAAACCGUCCCCUGCGGGAAACGGAGGUGACACCAUGGAAACACAGGAGACGAAUUCCGUUACCGGAGCCAAAGCGAAAACGCCGGAUGUAGUCGAAUCGAAACCGAAGGAACCGACUCCUCCCAAGAACACAGAAUCGACGCAGGAGUCCAAAAACCGGUCCGGAUCAAAAAUUCAGAAGGAAGAGGUGAGCGCGAGCAAACCCUCAGAAAAAGCCGUUGCGAAAGAAGACGAGCCGAUGGAUACCGAGGACGGCGAUCCGAAGAACGACCGAGGGGUUGAAGCGAAAAAAGAAGAUGUUGAAAUGGCGGAAGAAAAACCCGAACCGGCGAAGAAAGGCCGAAAACGGAAGGCAGAACCGGAGCCUAGAGAGAUCGAAGUGCAGACUUCGACGAGUCGAGCGAAGCGCACUCGGGACAAUCCACCGGAGAGCACUGAGGAAAAACGCAGCGGUCACAAACGCGCCGCCAAGACUGAGGCGUCGAUGAAGGAAGAAGCGGGUUCGGAGGAUGAAGACGAAGAAGACGAGGACGAGGAACCCAAGAAAGUCGUCAAACGCGGUCGGGGACGCCCGCCGAAAAGCGGAAAAACCCCCAAGGCCGCUAAAGCUACCGCCACCAAGGAAUCGAAGCCACCCAAACCAACGAUCGAGACUCCUACUGUUGAGGGUAAUACAGUUUCCUGCUCCGCCGGUGAUGGCGAAGUCGGUCAACUCGGCAUUGGAGAACAGGGAGAAAACGGGAAAAGUCGAUUUGUGGCUAUCGGUGACGUUCCGGGCAAGGUUGUUCGGUGUGCGGCCGGUGGGAUGCAUUCUUUACUCCUGACGGAAAAAGGUGAAAUCUUCUCGUUCGGAUGUAACGACGAUGGCUCCUUGGGACGUCCGACCGAGAACGAAGAGGACUGUUUUGUACCCAAACUCACGCCCUUGUCCGAACCCGUCGCGAAAUUGGCCGCCGGUAACAUCCAUUCGGUCGCGAUCACGCAAUACUCUAAAGUUUUCAUCUGGGGAAGCUAUCGAGACAACAACGGAGCGUUUGGGAUACAGCCCGACGGCGACGCUCCCUUGAAACAGCCCACGGAGCUGAAGGUUCCGGAAACAAUCGUUGAUGUCGCCUGCGGUUCUGAGCACACCCUAUUGCUGAGCAACAAGGGGAACAUCUUCUCGAUGGGAGUCGGGGAACAGGGUCGCUUGGGACGCCUGAAAAGUUCACACUGCGGUCGUGAGAAUCGCAGAGCGCGCCAAACGCUCCUGACUCCUGUGAUCGUUCCUGUGCGGAAGCGGAAGAUGAGGUUCGAUCGCGUCUGGGCCGGACGUUACAAUAGUUUCGCGCGAUGCACUGACGGCACUAUCUGGGGCUGUGGUCUGAACAACUACGGUCAGCUGGGCGAACUGGAUGCGAAGAGUAUGGAAGAUAAUUUCGUUUUCUUCCUGACGGAGCUAAAGAGUUUCGACCCAGCGAAAAAAUGGGAGCAGAUCUCUGGAGGCGAACAACACACGCUCGCUUUGGAUGCCGAAGGCUCGGUGUACUCGAUGGGUAGAGUUCUCUACGGACGACUUGGUCUCGGGAAGAAAGACGCCAACGAUCCGGAUAUUAAAAAGCCAACGCUCAUACCCGAACUAGAAAAGAAGUGCACCAUGAUCGCUGCGGGUGAUCAUACGAGUUUCGCUCUGGACAAGGAAGGUCAACUCUGGUCCUGGGGUCAGGGCACGAAUCUCCUGGGACAAGGUUCUCGGGACGAUGCGGAUACGAUGGACGUUUUCACUCCCACUAUUUGCACAUCGAAAGCUCUCCGGGAGCACAAAGUCGUCUUCGUCAGUGCCGGCAGUAACCAUGCCCUUUGCGUUGUCAAAUCCGAUUGAAUGCGCACAUCCAACGAACCUCCUCCACUGCCUGCUGAAAAUGGUUUCAGACGCUGUACACUAAUUCGGCUCAUCUGAUGGAGCUGUGAGCUCCCAAUUACCGCCCCAGCUUCAUUCCAAUAUACUUUUCAUUGCUGAAGGAAUUACCAGAGCAUGGAGCUGCUUCGUUGAGUUCCACUGACUCCGGCAAUCGAAUCCUUUUUUUUAGCCAAAAAUUCCUAAUAUCACGCACGCUCCUCACCGCUCGUGCUAUCGUGUAUUCCCCUCGCGGUUUCCCGGCUCCACGGAUUUCCCAAGAACCGCUUUGAUGUGCUCCGAUGUGAACCACUCAACGACCUUAAGACAUGUAUCAGGAAUGUAGACGAUUAUGCAACGAAUCCCAAUGGACGUAGUCAAGAAUGGAGAAAGUAUAGAUUACGUAGAAAUUCAUCAUCUCCUGUAGUCUGAACCGUGGAAAGUGAUCGAUUGAUCGCCGCAUUGUCUUGUCCUCGGGAAUUCCGAAUCAAACGCUCAGGAGCAUCGAUCCCACUUCAAUCCAUGUUAUGGGGAGUCUCUUCUAUUGUACAUAUACAUACAUUCAUGCGAAGGAGAAUCUAAUCAGGAAAGGGA